AUGAUUAUAAUAGAUCGGGGGAAUGAUACCGAGAUAGACAAAUAUUUAAAGAAAAUUCCAUCCAUCCCUCUAACUGAAAGGAAGGAACGUUUGGUCAAAAAGAAGGCCGAGCUUCAGGAACAAGGGACAUACAAUCUUAAGAGGAGCCCAUGCGACCUUACUACGAAAGGGAGCAAAAGGUACGCUGAAGAUAUUGUGCACCAUGAUAUGUUUCCCAAAGCUAUUGUGAGUGUGAAUGUUAAACCUAUUGAAGUGAAGCAUGAUAUUAAAUCAAAUGAAGUGAAUGAUGAUGUUAAACCAGAUGAAACGAAUAAUGAUGUUAAAUCGGGUGCUCGAUCAGUUGUUAUCGAGUUUUCAAGAACCAAAUCAAGAAAUUUCCAUCUACUGGUGAAUUCUUCUGCAGCUAAAGAAUCCACAACUCCAAACAUGGAGCACAAAAAAGCAACAAACAGAAAAAAUGGAAAUUUCGCAUUUAGAGUUCAUGAACAUAUAAAACUCGGCCAUAAACUAUCGGAAACUCUGAAGGGUAAAUUGAGUUUGGGUGCGAAGAUAAUACAAGAAGGUGGAAGAAGGAACAUUUUCAAAAACAUUUUUGGAAUGCAAGAAGGAGAGAAAGUUUUGAAAGCUUCACAAUGCUAUUUACACACCACAGCUGGUCCUAUUGCCGGAAUUCUCUAUAUCUCUACAGAAAAAGUUGCAUUUUGCAGUGAAAGACCAAUUACUUUCUCUUCUGCAGCAACAGGAGAGUGGCGGAAAGUACCGUAUAAGGUUUUGAUUCCGGUUGGGAAGAUAAAAGAAGUUAAUGAAGGACAGAAUGUGGAUCAAGAGGAACAAAAGUAUAUAGAAAUUGUAACUCAAGAGGAUUCUGAAUUUUGGUUUAUGGGAUUUUUAAAAUAUGAGAAAGCUUUUAGGAAUCUUGAGAAAGCAAUUUCUGUGUCCAUAUAGAAAAACAGAAGUAUAUAGGAAUUGAAUAUUGUUUAUGGUAGUUACAAGUUAGUUGGAAUUAGUUGUUAGUUUGGUAUGUUAGUUUUCUUCUUCGCGUUAUUGUAUAAAGUGAUGCACGUAACAUGUUUGAUGAAAUUCCUAACUGAAACUCAAAACAUUUGAAGUGGCUUGUUUGUCUAUUAUCUAUCCGUGAUCGAAAAAACUAGAGCCUUCUUCUUUUA